AUGAUGGUGCCAAAUAACACGACAAAGCCAGAAACAUUUCUGUUUAAAGAUGGGUACGAUAUUCCAGUUUACGGGUUGGCUAAUGGAAUGUUUUACUAUAUACACAUACCCGCAAUUGUAUGCUUACUCGCGAGUCUCAGCUGUGCAGUGGCAACCAUUGUUCUGUCCUUUAAGCGUCGCAAGGCUGGUGAGUUUUUCACUAAAUGGUCUAAAGGAGAGAGGCUUGUCGUCUACAUUUCAACUUGCGAUGGGAUGUUCUGUGCCUCUCAUUUGAUGGACCAUCUACAGAUUCUGUUCACUUUGGAUCACGUGAGACCAAAAGAGCUGUGUGCAUUUUACGGAUUUGUUAUGACGGUCUUUGUUGUUGCCCAGAUUCUCAUCGUGAAUGUCGUGGCUGUCCACGUUUUCGUCAUGAUGUUCCUGAAUAAGAAAAUUUCGUUUGGAAAGUACGAUAGUUGUUUGAUUAUCUGGGCUUUUGGUGUCCCCAUCUUUGGGGCAACGGUUGCAGCCACGUAUGAGCAGUUUGGGCCGAUGGGAAUUGCAUGCUUGUACGACGCUAUCAAGGGCCACGUGGCAAAUAUGGUGCUCACUACCAUCCCAGUACCAGUUAUUUUGGUUGCCAACAUUGUGCUCUACAUACUUACCUUCAUCAGGAUUCGCAGCGAUACAUUAAUCCGCAAAUACAGAUUCGGCACAUAUGCGAACGCUGUUGGGCGCCACAUUAAAGCUGCUAAGAGGAUGCUAAUGUUCGUGUGUGCGUUCGUAUUGCAAUGGUGGUGUUUUGGUCUUUUUGGAGCUUGGUCACUGUUUGUGGACAAUCCAUUGGAAAUACCGGAGAUUUUGAACUACUUCGGGGUCGUAUUCACCAACCUCGGAGAUGUCUUCAACUUGGUAGUGUAUCUCCUGGUGUUAAGAAAUAAAAGUAGGCAGCUCAUGUCUAAGCCACAACAGAUACAGAACGAAAAGAGCGAUGACCUUCAGGAAUUAGCAGUCACAAUAGCAAAGAAACAACAUAAUAUUCCGAAAAGCGAAAGGGAAGCAAUUUUGGAAAUGAUAAAAAACGCAAGAUCGACAGAUGUCUGA